UAAAGACCCGUUUAUCAUGAGAUGCAAUUCAUCUUAUAAAAUGCUAGCUUCUAGUAACAAUACUUAAAGACUUUCCUGGUCAAAAACAAUAACCAAUACUUUCAAUGUUAAGAAUUGAGAGGAUGGUUGGAUAUAUAAGUUGUUAAAUCUUUAGGUAAAGUAGUACAAAGUAUUUUUCAUAUUUUCAUGGUUUCUCACCUUAUAAGUCAAAGGCCAUUACUUUAAGACUUGAAGAUAGCAAACCUUGUAGCUCAUUCUUCAUUCAUUCAUGGAGGAGUUGAGCAGACAAAAUCCAGCAAUGGCGGCCUUACCCAUUGACAUUAUCUUCGACAUUCUUGCACGCUUGCCUGUCAAGUGUCUUCUUCGCUCGAAAACUGUUUCCAAGUCAUGGCUUACCAUAAUCACCAGCUCUCAUUUCAUCAAUUUUCAUCUUCGCCGUAAUAAAUUUCUCUCCUCCUCAAAUCAACUCCUAAUCUUCUCCAGUAACCAUGAUCACUCCCUUUACUCGGUCUGCUUUGAAUCUCCUGUUAACGCCAUGGAACUCAGCUUCUUCGACGGGGGUUUAAGUUUCUCCGGUAUUGCUGGUUCUUGUAAUGGUUUGCUUCUCUGCAUCUGCAACGCUAAAACUUCGCGUUCUGAUGUUUGUUUAGUCAACCCAUCUACGCUACAGUACAGAAGGAUUCCGAAAUUGCAGGUACCUAGAAAUUUUUUGAAAGUGAUUUAUGGGUUUGGAUAUGAUUAUAUAGCUGAUGAUUAUAAAGUUGUCAGGAUUGUGAAUUUUGUGUAUGAUUGUUAUGAUGGCUCUGUUCAUAAUGCUAGGGAAGUUAUGGUAUAUAGUUUAAGAGCUAAUUCUUGGAAAUUUUUGGAGGAAAAGGUAUGUAAUUAUGCUACAAUAACAUCUACUAGAAAUGGCCCCCUUAUAAACAAUCAUCUACUUGAUUGGAUGUUUUGGUGUACUUCCAUGAAUGAACAUCAAAUAUCGAGUUUCGAUGUUUGUAGUAAACAAUGGGGUGAGGUGCCCAUGCCUGAUUAUGUCAAAAGUGGUCCUAUACGCCACGAGAAACUAGAUACGGUGGUAGACUUAAGGGAUUUGGAUGGAUGUUUAUGUUUGGUGACUAAGAAUUUUGGAGGAAAUUUGGGUGAUGUUGAUGUAUGGGUGAUGAAGAAAUAUGGUGUUAAAAACUCUUGGAUGAAAUUAUUGAGUAUGUCAGAUAUGGAUGUUGCUCGGUCUUUAAAGAUUGCUCCCAUUGCUUAUUCCGAAAAUGGUAAGGAGAUUUUGCUAAGAAGAGACGAGGAAUCGUGUGUUUUUUGGUAUAAUUUGAGGGAGAAAAGAGGUAGGAGUGUUGAAAUUCGCGGUUUGCCAGAUUACCGUGGAAUGAUCAGUACCUGCAUUUCAAGCCUUGUUUCGCCUUAUGGCUAUGGUAGAAAUGAUGAUGAGCAAUUUGUGCAUCAGCAAAGAUAAAAGAGGUAACACUCCUGUAUGAAUAAAAUUUGUAAUGACAAUCAUUUUUCUGAUGAAGGUCGUUGCCUUGACCGUAAUGGUCAAGUGUUUACUUACUA